UAUAUUUUGUCAAUUGGCACGACAAUUUCUAAAUUAAUUAAGUGUCAAAGAGUUUUUGUCUGCACAACUUCGAAUAAUUUCUAUGGUGGUUCUGAAUAAUCAAAUAACAGUGAAAUCGAUCAAACACAAUCGAUCUUUCUGCUGGUCAAGCCCAGCUAACAAUCUCUACAUUUCAGCAUGAUCACGUCUUUGAAACUUUAACCCAUCUUUUUCAUCUAUAUUUCAAUUUGGGCUUUAACAGUAGCAAAUUUGAAAUCUAUUUUUCACGGCCAAUCAUAUGAACCAUCAAUCAUCCGUCGAAUGUUCCUUGGAAAGAUUCCAAGAUGUUUUUGUCUUCAAAGAUGAUCACAAACCUCAAGCUCAAGGGGUGUGAUCGUUAUUUGUUGCCUGCUAGUCCUGGGUUUCAGUUCUCUGGCUUGCUUCUCUCCUAUUUCACCUCUCCUCCAGAUAUUGGGCAAGAUUCAUGAGAUUCAUUGUGGCAAUUUUCUUGGGAAUUUUGUGGUCUAUUGUGAACCUCAAAGGGGCAUCGUCACAUGGAGACCAACCUCUGUCAAGAAUAGCAAUUCACAAUGCAGUAUUUGCUCUCGAUGAUCUUGCAUAUAUCAAGGCCUCUCCUUCUGUUAUUGGAUUAAAGGGGCAAAAUUCUGAGUGGGUGUCAUUGGAGUACCAAAUUUCGGGCCCAUCAAUAGAUGAUUGGGUUGGAGUGUUUUCACCUGGGAAUUUCAGUUCUUCUGCCUGUGCCCCUGAAAAUCCACGAGUUACUCCUCCCUUUUUGUGCACUGCACCAAUUAAGUAUCAAUAUGCAAAUUACUCAAAUCCAGAGUACAAGGAUACAGGCAAAGGAUCGUUGAGGCUUCAAUUGAUCAAACAGAGAUCUGACUUCUCUUUUGCUUUGUUUUCUGGCGGGUUGUUAACCCCAAAGUUGGUGGCGGUGUCAAAUAUUGUAUCUUUUGCAAAUCCAAAUGCACCAGUAUACCCACGCUUAGCACAGGGAAAGACAUGGAAUGAAAUGACUGUAACAUGGACAAGUGGAUAUGGGAUCGAUGAAGCAGAGCCUUUCAUUGAAUGGGGUCCAAAGGGAGGAGAACAGAGGCGUUCCCCUGCUGGGACACUGACCUUUGAUCAUAGCAGCAUGUGUGGUGCACCAGCAAGAACAGUGGGAUGGCGUGACCCUGGAUUCAUACACACCAGUUUCCUGAAGGAAUUGUGGCCCAACUCAGUGUAUACCUACAAGUUGGGGCAUAGGUUUUUCAAUGGUACAUAUAUAUGGAGUCAGAUGUACCAGUUCAAGGCGUCUCCUUAUCCUGGUCAAAAUUCUGUGCAACGAGUAGUCAUCUAUGGUGACAUGGGAAAGGAUGAGGCUGAUGGCUCCAAUGAAUAUAACAAUUUCCAACCUGGCUCCCUUAACACCACUAAGCAGCUUAUUAAGGACUUAAACAACAUUGAUAUAGUCUUCCACAUCGGAGAUAUUUGUUAUGCAAAUGGUUAUCUUUCACAGUGGGAUCAGUUUACAGCCCAAAUCGAGCCUGUUGCCUCAACUAUUCCUUACAUGAUUGCUAGCGGUAAUCAUGAACGCGACUGGCCCGGCACAGGAUCAUUCUAUGAGAACAAUGAUUCAGGAGGGGAAUGUGGUGUGUUGGCUGAGACUAUGUUUUAUGUUCCUACUGAAAACAAGGCUAACUUCUGGUACGGCACUGAUUAUGGCAUGUUCAGGUUCUGUGUGGCCGACACAGAACAUGACUGGAGAGAGGGAUCCAAGCAAUACGAGUUCAUCGAGCAUUGCCUGGCAUCUGCUGAUAGACAGAAGCAACCGUGGCUUAUUUUCCUUGCUCACCGGGUAUUAGGCUAUUCUUCUUGUACUUACUAUGCUGUACAGGGAUCGUUUGCUGAGCCAAUGGGGAGGGAUAGUCUUCAAAAGCUUUGGCAGAAAUACAAGGUGGAUAUAGCCAUCUUCGGCCAUGUGCACAAUUAUGAAAGGACAUGUCCCAUUUACCAGAACAUCUGCACAAGCAAGGAGAAGAACUACUACAAGGGCAGCCUCAACGGGACAAUACACGUGGUAGCUGGGGGCGCUGGCGCGAGCCUGUCAGAAUUUUCUGACAUCCAAAGUCAAUGGAGCAUUGUCAGGGACUUUGAUCACGGGUUCGUUAAACUCACUGCAUUUGAUCAUUCAAAUCUGCUGUUCGAGUACAAAAAGAGCCGGGAUGGGAAUGUUUACGACUCUUUUAGAAUAUCACGCGAUUACAGAGAUAUCUUGGCCUGCACAACAGAUAGUUGCCCCGCUACAAGUCUUGCAUCUUAAUUUUGGGUCCAAGAGAGUCGUCUUUGUACCUAGUCUUACUCUUAUUUUGUAAAUAGACUGUUUUCUCCAUCCGACUCUAUAACUAUACUUUGUAGCAGCUAAGAAUAGACUUUACUACAAGGGUUGCCCUCCAAUAUAAAUUGCUUGGAAAAUAUGAUUGUAUUUAUUGUAUAUUGGUUGAUGUUUUCUA